CUGUGCAGUUGGAUGCUGUGCGGCUAUUUUUAGCCCUGCACUACAGAUCAGAUAUGAUCAGGCGGAAAAAGGUAGAAGGGGUCGACGUUCAUCUCCACCAAGAAAGAGUGUUUACUCCUAAAGUGAGGGAUGAAGUGGUGAACUGAGGAGGCGGAGGAGCUGAAGAGAGGUGGUCAGGUGGUAGGAGGUGGGGAGAUUAUUGUGGAAGCCCGUCUUUAUUAGGAGCUGUAGUCAAGCUGCCAGACUGACUGACGAGCGGGCACUACUGUCAGCUAUGGCAUCUGUGGACAUUUGAUGGAGGCUACACGCUGCCAGCGACAUAGUGAGCUGUGGCAUCCCCUCUUUCCUCUGUGAUUUAAGCGAUGUCAAACCUUCCAGGGAGAUUGCUUUCAGAUGACCCGUGCGAUCUGAAAGCAGAAAGCAGCCCCACUAUGGACAACGAGAUAACAGCCAAGGAGAGAGGCGUCCUGGAGGAGAACAACGAGAAGGAGGAGAUGGACCAGGAGAGAGCUCAGGAGGAGGAGGAGGAGGAGGAGGGGGAAGAGAAGAAGCUGAAGGAGGAGGAAGGCGAAGGGGAAGAGAAGAAGAGGAAGGAGCAGGAGCCGCUGACAGAGGAGCAGGAGCUGGAGGAGCUGAGGGCCCAAGUGCUGCAGAUGCUGCUGGAGCUAGAGGACGCCAGGGAGACGUCCAACAAACACCAGGAGAGCUUCCACGAGCUGCAAGGUCUGUUGGAGGAUGAGCGUCUGGCUAGUGCUCAUCAGGCUGAAGCUUUCACACGCCAGAUCCAGAAUCUACAAGCCCAGCUGCGCUCUGUGCAGGAGGAGAUGGACAGUCUGGAGGAGGAGAAGGAGAGCGAGCUGGCUGAGGCCCAGGAGGAGCUUCGUGCAGCUCAGGAGGAGGUGCUUCUUCUCCAGCAGGCGGCGGAGGAGGCGGCGGCAGAGAGGGAGAACGACAUCGCCUCACUGCAGGAGGAGCUGUGUCGCCGGCGCGCAGAGCUGCAGCGCCUCAGCGAGGAGACCCAGGAGUAUGAGCUGGAGAUCACCACACUGAGGGCCGAGAUCAGCAUGAAGAGUCAGCGCAGGGAGGCCGAGAGGAGAGAGGGUGACGUGGACCUGCUGAAGGAGGAGUGCCGUAUGCUGAAGGAGGAGUGUCAGACCCUGAAGGAGGACAACAGACGUCUCUCUGAGAGGCUGCAGCUGCUGCAGAGACAGAGGACAUGCUCCAGUGUCUAUCUGUCACUGAAAGAGGAUGAUGCAGGGGAGGACACAGAGGGGAAAGAGACGGAAACCGGCUCAGACGAAGUCAUGACAGAGAGCUACAUGACCAUGGCCCAGUCUGAGAACUGUCGCCUGGUGGACGCCUCCAUCCAGAAGAAUAUCUCAUUUGAUGGGAAGCCCAUGACACCGACCGGCUGGAAUGGAGGCGUCGGGGAGAUUUUCUCCCUGAGGGACCAGCUGAAACAGGCCGAGGAGAAGGCCUCACAGGUUCAGAGAGAGUGUGACGGUCUGAAGAUGGAGCUGCAGGAGCUGCAGGUACUGUAUGACAGUAGUCAGAGGGAAAGAGCAGAGCUGGAGGAGGAGCUGCAGCGCUGCAAGGCAGAGCUGGAGAAGCUGUCAGGGGGGGCUCAGAGAUUCAUCCAUGCGUCUGAGCACCCUGUUCUCUCCAUCCCCUUCAUAGGAAUGAUUGUAAUAGUAGCUGUGGUCUGGUGCUGGUUGUCGGAGCUGGCGUCCCAGAGAGCAAGGGGAGUGAGGUAGGUUGGAACUCCAUUUUGACUGUCACUGCAGCCACAGCAGUGCUGCUAAUGAUGACUAGCUUGUUGAGAGCUCUCGUCCGAUGUUGACUUGGAUGGGCAACAACUGCACAGGGACAGACGUCUGCUUCAGACCAGCCCUCGUUCUCUCCUGCCAUGUCUAUAGACUGAACUGGAAUUCUCUAAAUGUGAUAGAGCCGACAACUUAGUGGUAGAAAAAUGUACGGGAAAUUUAAUCUGUAAUGAGAAGGUACUACAUGCACACACAAACGGAGAGUGAUGCUCUCAGUCCCAUUUAAUUGGCGUUCGAUGAGAAGAUUGCUAUGACGAUGACCUGCAGAGAGCCCACAUGAGGAAUGAUCUCACUCCACUAAAUGUAUGCUAGUGCUGUCUUUUCUCCUCUGUGUCUGUGAAUAUAUUUUUCUCUCCUUUAGCUAAACAAUGUGAUAACAUGAAGAUUUUGAUUAUUGAUGUGCACCAAAUGGUUUUCAAUUUAUUUAACUAUUUAUUUAUUUGUUUGUUUAAAUAUUGUUCAUGGCUGUCUUUGAAAAUAACAAGGAGCCUGGAGUCCGAACAUUUAACGCACUGAAAACCCUCAAAAAACAGAGAACAGUUUGCAUUUUUGUUAAUGAGUUGUUUACUAUCAGUUACACCCCCACUGCCCACCUCCGCAAAGAUGUAUUAGAAAUCUAAAUAUAUUCAUGAAUUAACAUACUGCAUCUACUAUUCUGCCACUGUUACUCUGCCCUUCCCAACAUUAGAUAUCAAUUAUGUCCAUUGUAAACACCAUUAAUAUGCUAUUACAAGGAGAACAGGUAUGGUUAAUUAAGCACCUGUCAGUGUGUAAAGCUAAUGUUCAACCUGACAUCACCCCUGGUGGGUGGAGGUAUCACGUCUUCGCAUUCUUUCAGUGAUGUGUUUUGCUCUAAGCUCUGUCUGUCCGCCUGCCCAAGCCUUGUCUUGUGUCUGAAUCUGAAAUCAGACGACUCCCACGUCCCCCUUUUAAUUAUCAGUUAACCAAGAUGCAAGAAAGUCAGCGCAGUGUUUCUGAUUCAUCUUGCCAGCUCACGGUUCACUUUGAAAAUCUCAACACUUAGGCCUAACACCCACAGCUGCAUUAACACACUUAAAACAGGUUUUCCUGUCGUUUUGUUAUGCGCUAUAAUAAAGAUAUCUCAGCAACUGUGGGAGCAAAUUCUGGGAUAAUUGAGCUAUAUAAUUAUGUUUUCUUACAUUUCGAUGUGGAGUAAUAAACUUUUUUCAUUUUCUCCAGCAGGAUUUAAAAGGCUUGCUUUUUCCAAGUGUGUCACUAUUAAGUUUUACAGUGAUUGCAGGUUUGUUAAAGGUACACAGUGUGACUAACAGCAUCCCCUUGUUUACUGAUGACAAGCUUUAUGUGACAGACUGCAGAUCUGAUCAACACCGGUUGGCAUCUGGCCACACCCAGAUCAUGGUGAAGUGAAUGAUCAUGGUUGGUUGUUUGUGUGGGCAUUUAGUCAUUGACAUGGUUCCAACAUAUGUAAAUAAGAAGGUGUCAGAAAAUUUUAAUUUGUCUAAGCAUCAAUUACAAAAUAUAUAUGUAUAUGUGGAAGGACUCUGAUUAUUGUUUACAUUUGUGAAACUUUUUUUGUGAAAAUCUUUUAGGACAGAAAAAAGCAUGCUAUAAAACAUCUAGAAGCACAAUAUAUAAUUUAUGUUGGUUAUGCUGAUUAUGUUACUUUGUAUUUCAUGUAAAUAGAUGUGACAUAAAGUACUAUGGGAGAGAUAUUUCUUAAAUCCAUUUGUACUAGCUUUGUAGAAAGUUUCUUCUAUUUUGAAAGAGCAUCGUAUAUUUGAUAGCAAAAUUAUAUGCUAUGUAAAUGUUUAUUUAUGGUGGCGUUAUUCAGAGGACCUACUAGCAUUGCUAAUCAUUUCCAGUACCUCUAUGUUCAAGAGUGGUAUAGUCACUGCAUGCAUUUAGAUUACGUUUGACCUUAGUUGCCAGAAAGAGCAAAUAUGUCUCCUGGUUUUUUCCACUCCAUUAAAUUUCAGAAAUGUAGUGAAAUGGUUUCUAUAACGUUCGUCAUUAAACAGAACCUUGAUAAGCAAAGCCUGGUGUUUCUGCAUAUGAACAUACACUACGCAAAUAAUGUGCCAGUGGACUGCAUAUGUUGUCACUGUUGAAUUUGCAAUAGAAAUUAAAUUCCCAUUGACUGCAAUGGUACAUAUGAAUGUUGUUGGAUUCAGGACAUUAUCAUUAUUUCAUGAAUAUUAACUUUAUCAUAGCUUCAUAAGCUUCUAUAUUCCACAGUGUUGCUCAGCUUGCUGCUUUACAUAUUAAUAGCAGUGUUGUUUUCAAUAUAAUUGUGGCUAUUUUGUUACCUGGAGGUCUAUUUUGUACUGUAAAUGACUUGAAAAAAUAAAUAUAAUCACCCCA